AUGCACUCUCCCGCCCCGCACUCUCCCACCCCGCACUCUCCCGCCCCGCACUCUCCCGCCCCGCACUCUCCCGCCCCGCACUCUCCCACCCCGCACUCUCCCGCCCCGCACUCUCCUGCCCCGCACUCUCCGCCCCGCACUCUCCCGCCCCGCACUCUCCCACCCGCCCCGCACUCUCCCGCACUCUCCCGCCCCGCACUCUCCCACCCCGCACUCUCCCGCCCCGCACUCUCCCACCCCGCACUCUCCCGCCCCGCACUCUCUCCCGCCCCGCACUCUCCCACCCCGCACUCUCCCGCCCCGCACUCUCCCGCCCCGCACUCUCCCGCCCCGCACUCUCCCACCCCGCACUCUCCCGCCCCGCACUCUCCCGCCCCGCACUCUCCCGCCCCGCACUCUCCCGCCCCGCACUCUCCCGCCCCGCACUCUCCCGCCCCGCACUCUCCCACCCCGCACUCUCCCGCCCCGCACUCUCCCGCCCCGCACUCUCCCGCCCCGCACUCUCCCGCCCCGCACUCUCCCGCCCCGCACUCUCCCGCCCCGCACUCCCCGCCCCGCACUCUCCCCCCCGCACUCUCCCGCCCCGCACUCUCCCGCCCCGCACUCUCCCGCCCCGCACUCUCCCGCCCCGCACUCUCCCGCCCCGCACUCUCCCACUCCGCCUCUCCCGCCCCGCACUCUCCCGCCCCGCACUCUCCCACCCCGCACUCUCCCGCCCCGCACUCUCCCGCCCCGCACUCUCCCGCCCCGCACUCUCCCGCCACCCGCACUCUCCCGCCCCGCACUCUCCCGCCCCGCACUCUCCCGCCCCGCACUCUCCCGCCCCGCACUCUCCCACCCCGCACUCUCCCCGACCCCGCACUCUCCCGCCCCGCACUCUCCCGCCCCGCACUCUCCCCGCCCCGCACUCUCCCGCCCCGCACUGUCCCAACCCGCACUCUCCCGCCCCGCACUCUCCCGCCCCGCACUCUCCCUCCCGCCCCGCACUCUCCCGCCCCGCACUCUCCCACCCCGCACUCUCCCGCCCCGCACUCUCCCGCCCCGCACUCUCCCACCCCGCACUCUCCCGCCCCGCACUCUCCCGCCCCGCACUCUCCCGCCCCGCACUCUCCCGCCCCGCACUCUCCCACCCCGCACUCUCCCGCCCCGCACUCUCCCGCCCCGCACUCUCCCGCCCCGCACUCUCCCGCCCCGCACUCUCCCACCCCGCACUCUCCCGCCCCGCACUCUCCCCGCCCCGCACUCUCCCACCCCGCACUCUCUCCGCCCCGCACUCUCCCGCCCCGCACUCUCCCACCCCGCACUCUCCCCACCCGCACUCCUCCCACUCCCGCACUCUCCCGCCCCGCACUCUCCCACCCCGCCCCCCGCACUCUCCCACCCCGCACUCUCCCGCCCCGCACUCUCCCACCCCGCACUCUCCCGCCCCGCACUCCCGCCCCGCACUCUCCCACCCCGCACUCUCCCACCCCGCACUCUCCCACCCGCACUCUCCCGCCCCGCACUCUCCCGCCCCGCACUCCCCGCCCCGCACUCUCCCACCCCGCACUCUCCCACCCCCGCACUCUCCCGCCGCACUCUCCCGCCCCGCACUCUUCCGCCCCGCACCCGCACUCCCCCCACCCCGCACUCUCCCACCCCGCACUCUCCCACCCCGCACGCACUCCCGCCCCGCACUCUCCGCACUCUCCCGCCCCGCACUCUCCCUCCCGCCCCGCACUCUCCCGCCCCGCACUCUCCCACCCCGCACUCUCCCGCCCCGCACUCUCCCACCCCGCCCCGCACUCUCCCCGCCCGCCCCGCACUCUCCCGCACUCUCCCGCCCCGCACUCUCCCACCCCGCACUCUCCCGCCCCGCACUCUUCCGCCCCGCACUCUCCCGCCCCGCACUCUCCCACCCCGCACUCUCCCACCCCGCACUCUCCCACCCGCACUCUCCCGCCCCGCGGGACUUAG